CUUUUUAUUUCCUUACGACCUGUUUGGUUGCCGAGAAACCCGAAAAUGAAUUAAAGGAAUGGAAAUAAUACAAAUAGUAAUCUGUAUGUUGUUUCUCUUUCUCCUGGAAACUGUUGCGUUCAAUGCUUCUGUAUUCGCUAGUUUUCAGGCUACAAGUUCAUAAUUUGUAAGGAGGCACAACCAAAUUAAGAAGUGCAGUAUUACGAAGCUUGGUGCUUCGAUCUUGCGGUAAAUCAUUCAGUAAUAUGCUUUCCGUUCGUAGAUAUUGCUUUAGAAAGGAUGUUCUUUCAUAUAGUUUGAAUUCCAUCACUAGCACAUUGCGGCCUAUACACUAUUUGAUUCAAACCCAAAUUGACCCAGUUCCCAAAAUCGCUUCAAAUGGAUAUUUUGGUAUAUAUGAGCGGUUUUUGCUGCAUAAUUUUUACUCGACCAAGCCCCCAUCACGAUCGUUUAGAAGGAGAGAACGUAAAAGAUCGGAAUCCAAUAGAUCAACUCUUGAUGAAGUCCAGUUUCAAAGGGCCUUAUCCCAGUUGUUGCCUAGAUUUACACCUGAAGAGCUUUGCAAUGUUAUAACUCAGCAAGACAAUCCUUUUGUGUGUUUAGAGUUGUUCAAUUGGGCAUCACAACAGCCGCGGUUCAGACAUGAUGUUUCUACUUAUCACAUUACGAUAAAGAAACUUGGCAUAGCUAAAAUGUAUCAAGAAAUGGAUGAUGUUGUCAACCAAGUGCUUGCUAUUUCUUACAUUGGUUCUGAGGCGCUUUACAAUUCCAUUAUCUAUUUUUUCACGGAAGCUCGGAAGUUGACUAGAGCUGUCAAUAUAUUUAAACACAUGAGGAAUAGCAGAAACAUGGAGUGUAGGCCUUCAAUCAGGACGUACAAUAUUCUUUUUACGGCCUUUUUGAGUAGAGGAUCUAAUUCUUACAUAAAUCACAUGUAUAUGGAGACAAGCAGGUGUCUGUUUCGGCAAAUGGUGGAUGAUGGGAUUGAGCCUGAUAUUUACUCUUUGAAUUCUAUGAUUAAGGGGUACGUACUUUCCCUUCAUCUCAAUGAUGCACUUAGAAUAUUCCAUCAGAUGGGCGUGGUCUAUAAAUGCACACCAAAUUCAUUUUCCUACGAUUAUCUCAUUCAUGGGUUAUGUUGCCAAGGCCGAACAAAUAAUGCUAAGCAGCUGUGCAAUGAAAUGAAGAGCAAAGGGUUUAUGCUGAGUAGUAAAUCAUACAACUCACUUGUGAAUGCUUUGGCUCUUCAUGGAGAGGUUGAGGAAGCACUGAAGUAUCUGUGGGAGAUGAUUGAGAAUCGAAGAUCAGCUGAAUUCAUUACUUAUAAGACAAUACUUGAUGAAAUCUGCAGACAAGGAAGGGUUGGCGAAGCAAUGAAAUUGUUGAAGGACUUCGAAGAGAAAGACCUUCUGAGUGGGCAUGUUUACAGGAAGCUUCUAUAUGUGCUUGAAGACGACUAUGGAGAUCCAAAUGCCCAUGCUCAAUUCAGAUAAACACGUUUUACAAGUUACCCCUCUUAUUGUUGAAGUUAAAACAGUGCAUCAUUACGUUGUGUUCGAUGAUUACAAAAAAUGUUGCCAUUUGGUCGAAAAUCGUUUCAGGAAACAAUAAUAUAUUAACCCACCUCAAACAGUGAUGUUAAGAAAUCAGCACAGCUCACUCUCCGAGAACUUUCUGUCAAGCAUGUAUUCACCAGCAUCUCUUCCCUUAGAACAUGCUCCUGUGGCAUCGUGCUUGUCCAAGACAAAGCCCGGAGAACUAGAAGAUUCUUUGCUCAAUUGGUACAAGAGCACCACCAUCCCUCCCUCAGAAUCCACAAACUCACUGAGAAGGCGAGUGAUGAUGCCACUAAGAAGGCUGUGAGUGUGGCAUAGCUUCUGGUGGAAGCAGUGAACUGUGGGGUGAAAGAAUUGUUUGUAAACGAGAAACAAAUCGAUCUUGAAAUUCAGGCAUUGACUGCCGCCAUUUCCCAAUUCGUCAAACGGACUGAUCAAUGGCUCUCAGUCAUGCACUCUAUCAACACCGCCAUUAAGGAAAUCGGAGACGUUGAGAACUGGAUGAAGAUCAUGGAAUUUGAUUCACAAAGCAUCAAUGCAGCCAUCCACAGUAUUCACCAAGUUUGAUCCCGCAGGUCACAGGUCCCAGAAAGUUGUCCAGAUUUGCUUUACAGACAUUGUGGAUGAACACUUGCGGUUCCAGUUGACUAUUUUGUCGGCUGUCGUCUUCUUGAAUCUCACUUGUUCGUGAUUCCCCUAGCUGUUAAUCAGAGGCCCGGUAAAUACACGGGAAUCAAACACCAGCUGAGGGAAAGCCCUAACAAUCUUCCAUCCGAGAUCGUACACGAGAUUCUUUCAUGGCUGCCAGUUAAGUCCUUACGCCGCUUUGAGUGCGUCUCAAAGCCAUGGUGUUCUCUGAUCGCUGACCCCAAAUUCAGCACAAUGCACUUCAACAAGGCAAUCAAAGACAGACCGUUUACUCUGCCAAAGACGAAGCUUCAUAGUUACUUAUGUGGCACAUAAUGGACUCUACUCCAUGCACCUCGACGAGUUUCUCGAUCAUAAUGAUACCGAUGAACAGAAUUUAGUAUCAGCCAUCGAGCAUGAGUAUGUUUGUAGCGAAGUGUCAGGUAUUUUCGUUUCCUUGUGUUCCUGCAACGACUUGUUAUGCAUGUUGUGUGACUCAAGGUUAUAUUUGGUUGACCCCUCCACCAAGGAAACCAAGAAACUGCCAGAAAUACCAAAAGAAGAGAAUUAUUGGAAUUCAGUCAAGGUAUAUGGGGUUGGAUUUGAUCGUUCCGCUUAUGAACACAAGGUGGUUACGGGAAUCUACAAUAAACACGAUCGCUUAACCAACCCCUUCAUCGAUGAUUUCGAUGAAGGGGUUGUGUUUAGUGUUUAUACGCUGGAAACCGAUUCUUGGAGAAAGAUUGAGAGAUUGUUUCCCUACAUUACUAGUCAACAAGGAAUUAUGCUGAAUGGAGAUCUCCAUUGAUUUGGGGAAAGACUCGAAGAUCAGUCACAAGUGAUUGUUUCCCUCACUCUAACGGGGGGAGGAGAGAGUUCAAGAAAUUCCACUCCCACUUGAAUGCGAUUCUGUUGAAAGUAUUAAGAGGAAGAUGAAAUUGGGAGUCUUCAGACACUAGUUAUGCAUAACGCAUCAUUCUUAUCCUCGUGGUGGAACAUAUAAUGAGUUUUGGGUCAUGACGGAAUAUGGAGUGGGGAGUCUUGGACUAAAACGAGGGUUUCCAUCCCGUAUUCAACGUUAAAACAUUCCGGUUUCUAGACAGAGUCUCAUGAUUUGAUGGUGUUCGGAGAACAGUUAAUCAUGUACAAUUUUAAUGACGAAAGCCAUCGGAAAAUCAAUAUUCGUGGAAUCGGCAAAGUUGGUCGUGUUUUUACGUGCUUGGAGAGCCUUGUUUCACUUAAACAACGUCAAAGAAGUAAUUUGAAGAUUGAAGCGUAAAGAAAGAUCAAUCGUUUUGCUUUUGUUUCAUUUUUCUUUUCAUGGUUUUGGCUUUCUUUUGAAUAUGCUAGUCAACAUUGAACAAAGGGUUCUAAUAUCUAUAAUGUUGAUUAAUA